UAUAAAUCUCCUCGCUGGAGCAGCUCCGCUCUUCUCGCUUCUCUCCACGCCGAGCCGCCGCCUCCUGCCCGGGCUACAACAGUAGCUUCCACUCCUUCCUCCUCCUCUUCUUCUUCUGCAGUCAUGGCUGACCAGGCGUUUGUGACGUUGGCUACCAAUGACAACUACUCUCGGGGAGCCAUGGUUCUGGGCAAGUCCCUGCGCAACCACAACACAACCAAGAAGCUGGUGGCACUCAUUGGUAAACAAGUGUCCCAGCAGUGCCAGUCGGUGCUGAAGAGGAUCUACGACGAGGUGAGGCUGGUGGACGUGCUGGAAAGCGGCGACACGGCUCACCUGGCCAUGAUGAAGAGGCCGGACCUGGGCGUCACCUUCACCAAACUCCACUGCUGGACCCUCACACAUUACUCCAAAUGUGUUUUCAUGGACGCAGACACACUGGUGCUUUCAAAUAUAGAUGAACUGUUUGACAGAGAAGAACUGUCGGCUGCUCCGGACCCCGGAUGGCCCGACUGCUUUAACUCCGGUGUGUUCGUCUUUUGUCCUUCGAUGGAGACUCACGGCAAACUGCUUCAGUACUGUUCAGAACACGGCAGCUUUGACGGCGGAGACCAGGGUGUUUUGAACGGCUUCUUCAACACCUGGUCAACAGCGGACAUAUCCAAGCACCUCCCCUUCAUCUACAACCUCAGCAGCAUAGCCAUCUACACGUACCUUCCAGCCUUCAAACAAUAUGGUGGCAAUGCCAAGGUGGUCCAUUUUUUGGGGAAGACCAAACCGUGGAGUUACACAUUUGACCCCAAAGCCAAAAAGAUCACGGGGAGCGUGCACGAGGCCACAGCUCAUCCCACCUUCCUCAUGGACUGGUGGACCCUGUACUCCAGCGCCGUGGUGCCCAUGCUGCAGGAGCAGUACGGAGACACGCCUUUCCAAUCCGGAUGUGUGGAGGGAGGUGAAGACUUCUCCUCACUCGCAAAGGAACUGCAGCCCCAGAUGUCCUCGGAGGAGCGCAAGGAGAAGUGGGAGCAAGGUCAGGCAGACUACAUGGGAAUGGACUCGUUUGACAAUAUCAAGAGGAAGCUGGACAGUUUUCUGAAAUGAAGAGCGUGGAGAUCAACACAGCACUUGCAGUUUAACACACCAACCACGUAUUUGCAAAAAAAAUAUUGUAAAACCCGACACGUUUUUUUCCUUCCUGCCCGUUUCCCGACGAAGACGAGUCUCAAUCUCUUCACCAGCAAAACCUUCAACGCCAUUUAAGUAUUACGAAGGGCUUUAAUUAUCUAUGCAAGACUCCUUACUGAGUUGACCCUGUCGCAGGGAUCGGUCGUGCUGCACUGGAAGGAAAAUCUAAAAAAAAUGAUACUAACAAUAACUCACUUUUUCUAGGUAUUUUGAUUAAAACUUUGUUUUUCUUUUUAUCUGAGUGUCCUUUGUUACUGAAGGGAGAUGACGACAAUAAAGAGUUGAACUGGAACUCAUGCAUCUGUGUUACUGACUUACAUGUACAUUCUUCUUUCUUUCUUUUUUUACGACAGCCAUCUAACAUCCUCCGGUUUUAAAUCGUAAACAUGUUUACAGCGCUUCUUAAGGCCAUAGUGUGGUCCUGUAGUCGCCAUAGAUACGCAGCAGAUCCUCAGUGCCUUGGUGUCUCACGCUCUCUGCUGCAUUCAUCCUGUCUGUUCCUGACUUUUUAACUUUCUUUGAGUGUUACUUUGUCCAGGAUGCCGACUGUACCAUGGACACUUUACACCUGGAAACAUUAAAAACAUGAAAAGUU